GAUCAUCGCCUCAUCAUCAUCAUCAUCAUCAUCUAUGGCAUCUUCAUACAAUGUUGAGACAAUUUUCACGUUUGGAGACUCCAUUUUAGACGCCGGAAACAAUCAUUUCAUAAAGAACUGCACAAUGCAGGCCGAUUUUCCACCUUACGGGUCCAGUUUCUUCCACCACCCCACUGGAAGAUUCACUAAUGGCAGAACAGUGGUCGACUUCCUCUCGGAGUACCUGGGCAUCGAUCUUCAGCAACCAUAUCUGCAAGUAGAGAUGGAAGUCGUUAAUGGCAGCCAGAAGGAUUAUCCGUCCAACGGCAUCAACUUCGCCAGUGCCGGCAGCGGUGUCUUUCGGGAAACUAACAAAGAAUAUGGGGUGAUAUCUAUCAACGAUCAACUAGAACAGUUCGAGACAUUGAUGAAGUCGAACCAAAUGGAUAAGAAACUUGUCCAGAAGUCUCUCUUCCUCUUCGAAGCUGGGUCUAAUGACAUCUUCAACUACUUUUCACCUUUUAAAACCACAAAGCUCAGUCCUGAAGCUUUUUCAGAUGCCAUGUUGGUGGAAGUAGAGAAGUGGAUCAAUCAGACUUACCAGCUUGGGGCUCGCAGGUUUGGCAUCAUUUCACUCGGCUGUGUUGGUUGUGUUCCAGCAAGAGCACUUUUGCCUGGUGCACCCAUAGAUCAGUGUUAUGAGAAGAUGAACCAGAUGGCCAUAAGAAACAACUUGGACCUUGAAGGUAUUGUUAAGGGCAUGCCUCGUAAAUGUUCUGGCACCCUGGGUGUAUAUGGAGCAGUUUAUGACAUUGUGCAACUAUUCCGUGCAACUACCAAACGCUACGGUUUCUUAAACACAUCUAGUGCUUGUUGUGGUGGUGGAACUCUUGGAGGAAUGAAGCAAUGUGGGGAUUUUUUAACAGUUUACCCUGGUUUUAAUAUGUUCCCCAAAAUUGCCUCUGAUAUCCCUUACGCAUUUGAAACUGCUUCGAUGAACGAAUUCCCAUUCACCGAGGCUGAAGGAAUGCUCAUUCCUUUUUCAUCAUUGAAACUUUGGUUUUGA